CGCUUGUCAAAGACGGGAGCAAACAAGACAAUUUGAUUCCUAGAAGUCGCAGCCCAGCUUAAACACUCCACUAUCACUUAGCACCACCAGGGACAAGGUGGCUUUCAUCAUGCCUUUUGGGUGCAUUGCCAUUCGAGAUGGACAGUCUUACAACAGCCUUUCAGAAAUCACUGAAAAGUAUGAAAUAGGACAAGUUCUUCGUGCAAAGGAGUUCUGUGAAUUGUGCCUAGCAAAGGAACGGCAGACGGAAAAAGUAUUUGUGUGUAAGAAGUUCCUGAAGAAAGAUGGACGGAAAGUGCGAAAGGCUGCCAAAAAUGAAAUCAUGAUCCUAAAAAUGGUCAGUCAUCCGAACAUUCUCCAGCUAAUUGAUACAUUUGAAACCAAAAAGGAAUACUACAUCAUACAAGAGCUUGCCAGUGGAGGGGAUGUGUUUGAUUGGAUCCUUGAUCAAGGGAACUACACAGAGCGAGAUGCUUCAAAUGUGAUCCGUCAGGUUCUGGAAGCAGUAGCUUAUCUUCACUCUUUGCACAUUGUUCACAGAAAUCUUAAGCUGGAGAAUCUUAUGUAUUACAACCACAACAAUCACAACAAGGUUGUUCUGCGUGAUUUCUACCUGUCCUGCUUCGAGAAUGGCUCAAUCACAGAGCCCUGUGGCACACCAGAAUACCUAGCUCCAGAGGUGGUUGCAAGGCAUAGAUACGGCAGGCCAGUGGAUUGCUGGGCAGUUGGAGUCAUUAUGUAUAUCCUUCUCUCUGGAAACCCUCCUUUCUAUGAUGAGACAGAAGAGGAAAAUACAGACCUUCACAACCGUAUCAUCUUUUGCAAGAUUGUCUCAGGAGAAUUUGAAUUUGACUCUCCAUACUGGGAUGACAUUUCCCCAGCAGCCAAGGAACUGGUUUGUCGCCUUAUGGAAGUGGACCCUAUGUUGAGGAUUACUGCACAAGAUGCUUUAUGGCAUGAAUGGAUUGCGGGAAAUGGAGCUUUGGAAAAAAAUCUGAAGGCCGGAGUUUGUGCUCAAUUUGAGAAAAACUUUGCCAAAGCAAAAUGGAGGAAAGCUAUACGUGUGACCACCUUCAUGCAGCGACUUCGAGCUCCUGAUGCUAGUGGAGAAGGAAUCAGCAGCCGCUUGCCAGUAACUCCCUGCAGUUCCAUGAGCGUGUCACAUGAAGUGACCAUUGAGAACAACCCAAAGCAGCAGAAUAAUGAUACAGUCAUCACAGAUGAGAAGCCCAAGCCAAGUAUAUUAAUCCCUGAUCCUUCACCUGGCUUUCUAACAGUUGCCAACUUGGAACAUCCCCCAGAACACUCAAGAUGUCCACCUCUCCCCCCUCUUACACAUCUUUCUCCAUCACAAAAGGAUGUUAUGCAAGAGCUAAAGAAAAGCAGCCCUGCUGAAAAAAGAGUAGAUGCCUCAAGCUCACAGCAAACUAGACCUCGAAAAAGCACUGCUGUUUUGGAUCAAGCUAAUGAAAAGACUUUAGUGUCAGCAGAUCAGAAUGGAAAAAAUAAAGCUAUUAUCAAAGAAUCUAAUGAAAAGAAAACAACCAUAUAUCAGGAUAUGAAAGCUGUUCCUUCAAAGAAAAUCACUGAGAAUAUAACACCAACUUUUCCAGAUCAACAUGAGCACAAAAAGGUGAUUCUCCUAGACAGUGUGACAGAAGUCAAGUCCCAACUGUCUUCUCUAUCCAGCCUCAGCAGUCAGAAAUUGCCUGGGGUCUCUGAGCAGAGCAAGCGCAAGAUGGCUGCUGUUCUGGAUCAAGAUCCUGAGAGAAAAUCUGACCAACAAAGACCUAGUUUUCAAGAGCAAAGAAAGAGACAAGAUUUUCCAGCUUAUGAUGAAAGAGACAAAAUAGGGAGUUUUGCUGAUCAAGGGGAGUGGAGAAUGGACAGAGUCAUUGAACAAAUUGAGAAACAGAUGGCAGCAGUAUUGGAGAAAAUAGAAGGAGAAAUUCCAUGUCUGCUAGAGCAGAUUGGGGAAAAGGGAGACCCUACUGCCCUGGAAUACAAGGAAACACAUAUAGUGGCAGCACUAGAUCAGAGCAGAUCUGUUCUGGAACAAAAUGAGGGCAGUUACAAUCAAAAGGGAGCCGUCAGGUUCUCCAGACCAAGCCUCCCAGUACUAACAAUUCUCCCAAAAGAUGUGCAGUCAGAAGAGACCUGCAUUGAGGGUGAGGAUGAUACUGACACAGAAAAGGUGAAGAAGGAGAGCAUGUCCCUCGAUAAAAUCUAAGCUCAAAGACAAUGAAUCCUUUUUUCCUUUCCUUUUUCCUUAUUUCCUAAAAAUAAUACUGUAAUUAUGCCUUCUGUCUAAAACCUUUCAGUAAAACAAGGAAAAAUAAACAUCCAAAAGUUGCUAAUUUCUUGUGCUUGAAACUGUUAUAGGAAUCUGCUUAUUUUUAAGUAUAGAAUUACUCCUCAGUUAGACAUACUUUCAUAGCCUUUCUCUAAAGCAUUCAAUACAAACUAUUCAUGAUAUUUGAUCAUCAAUUAAGGGAGCGUAAAGGCCCCUUGCCAUCCCAGAUACUGUCAUGGUAGAUCUGCCCAGACUGAAAUUAUUGGCAUCACUAACAGCUAAACAUUAAAUAAGGUCAGCUCAUGUUGAGUGGGCAGAAUGUUGAAUCCUGAAUUAAGUUUACAAAGUGUGAAUGAUGAAACUUGGGUACAUUAGUAAGAUGUAGAGUGAAAACACCAAUCAAAACAAUUGAAACACAGUAGUUCUUUAAUAUCAAAAAAUCAAUGUCCUAGCCAGUACUAGUAGUAUCACAUACAUGAUUUUUUAUGCUUUUCAGAAUGUAGAACAUAUUGAUUACUCACUUCAAAAAAGCCAACAUAUAUAAUCAAUAAUAUACUGAUUUGCUUUGGUGUUUGGGACAGUUGACAUUAUGUUUUGACAGUUUCCCACAAAACACCAUUUUGCCUUUUUAUGGCCGUCAACAUAUUAUUUACCAUUUGAUGAUGUCAGAUCAUUUUUAUAUUGAGGAUGGCUACUACUCGUUCUAGUUUUACCAAAUCCAAGCUUUUGGAUAAAACCUUUACCAUUACUUUAAAAAAUAUUUUUUUAGUACAGGUCAGAACUUUUCACUGUAUUUAUUUUACUGUCCCUCUUCUUAGUUUCAUUUGUGGUUUAGAUGCUGGGUUCAUAUGAUCACAUGUUUUUGACUACAGCUCAUAUUAAGAUUUUUUAUGAUGACUCUCUUCAGUAAAUCAAUUUCCUCGUGAUUUUUUUCACUGAACAAUAGGAAACCCUUCCCUUUGAAUGUGUUCACUGCAGCAGAUAGUCAAAGGAAGUGGAAGUGUCAAGGAUAUGACUUUGUGAUAAUGGAUUCAAACAUAUGCCACCCCCACAAACUCCUCCAGACCUGACCCCAUGUGACUACCACUUAUUUCCCUAGUAGAAAGUGCUACCACUGUAGGAUAUGAUAUACCAAUAAUGACAAGGUCACAUCAUAAUAGUGUUUAAAUAAUUCAUAAAUAAACAUUUCAUUUGAGUGAUACAGACAAGCUUUAUAAAUGUUAUAACAAAUGUCUGAGUGUUCACAAGAAUUAUGUUAAAAUUCCUUUGGAUUUACUGCUGUUUCUAUUAAUAUGUCAGGCUUGGUAUUUUUUGACCACCCUGUAACAACAAAGACCCAGUAAUUAAAUUGCUGAAUCUAGUACAAGUGAGCCUAGUUGCUUUGCAGUAAAACACAGAAUUAAGCAACUAAUGUAGUCCUUUCUUGUAUGGAAGAAGAAAGUAUCGAUCUUCUUACUUUUUACAAACAAAUGAUCAACAAAAGGAGGCUUGGGCAUCUUUGCUGAUUAUUGAAUUAUGAAAAGGACGGGCAUCUUUGCUGAUUAUUGUGAGUGCCACAGCUCUUCUGCCUUUUAUUGGAUUAUUACUGUGGUUUACAUAUCGCAAUCUGAACCAUUAAAAUCACUGUAUGAAAAAGCAGUUUUAGUUUUAUCGUAGGAAUUAGCAGAUUCUGAUGCAAAUGUAAUAGAUCUGACAUCUCAUACUUACACACAUUGAAAGAAAACUCUGUAAAUAACAACACAAUAAAUAGGAAAGGAAACACAAUUAUUCAGUAGCAGUGUCAUAUUUUAAAUAAAGUCUGAAUUGUUGUAGUGCACACUGAAAAAUUUUGGUUUGGAAUCAAUUUUUAACAAGAAAGAAAAACUAAACAAAAGCAACAUUGUUAUAAUGUCAUUAUACAACAUACUACGAAGGGAAUUAGUACAGUGGAUCCCAACUUGGGACAUGGAACAUGGGGACAUAUCUGGAAGCUUGUUAAGGACAGAUUUCACCCAAAUGUUUGAAAGCAUUUCUUUACAGAAAGAACCAUGGACACAUGAAAUUUAUUAUUAAGUAAUAUGGUAAAGUAUAGGACAUUAGAGACCUUCAGAUCUUGACUUAAUGUCAUUUUGGGCAAUCUAGGUGAACAGGAUGGAUGUACAUUUUUUUCAGUGCUCAUGUAAUAGUCGUGCAAAUAUUGUAAUGUUUUAAUAAAAUAGUUUACUAAUAAAAUAUAGUGUAAGAUUCUAUGCAAAAACUAGGAUCCAGUUUUAAUAUUAUUUGAAUUUUAUCCUUUACUAAUAAAUAGACUAAAAAUAUAAUGCUUCAUCACACCCUAGCUAAAUAAUGAGGAUAAGAAGCUACAUCUGGCACAAGCCAUUUCUUUAGCCAGCUGUGCAAAAUUCCCAACAAUAUCAAUUAUAUCAUUUUUUUCAAAGACAAAAAAUACAAAUAGAUAAAAAAAAGUUCCAAACAGACAGCAAAUGAUGAAUAUUUAAAUAAUCACAUCUCAAUGUUAAAAAUCCAGGGAACGAUUACAUAACAUCCUCAAAAGUAAACCAUUUUGAUGUCGCUCAUUAAAUGAAGUGGGUCCUGAAUGCCCUGGAAUUGACGUUAGUCUACAAAAUGUCCUUACUGUGGUUUGGUCUAUGAUAGUCACUGUAUCUCUCCUUUUAAUUUGGUCUCCCUGUUCAGUUUACAGCACCUUGUGAUUAGCCAAUUUUCUCUGUUUUGGUUAUCCUUAGAAACCAUUAAAUGUCUACCCAGUAAUAAUAACUGCUAAGGAGACGGCAACUAAUCACCAGUGUCACCAGUCCUCUUUUUUUUACAAAUGGAAAAGAAGCUUCCUUUAUUCAUUUUCACACAGAAAUGGUGUGUACUUUUGUGUGUAACAAAACAUUUAUUUUUUUUCGUAUAAGUGCUACAUUAUACCAGCGCCAUUUGAGUAGUACCUUUACAGAAAUUAUUAACAAUGUAAAUCUACAAAUGGUAAUGGAUGUAUGCUGGGUACAUGCAAUUCAAUCAUUCCUUUAAUUUAAUCUUUUGCUUAAAAUCAGUAGCUGGUUAACCUUCUUAGGUGUUAGUGCUUUCCUCUGUCUGGCAGUGGAGAUAUACAGAGAACAUUAGAAGUUUUGAUUGAGAGGUGGUACACCAUCUCAUGAGUCUUCAAUUAAUGCUGUAAGACAUGUUGAGAGUCGAGAAUUAUUGUGAGUAAUGAAAAUAAUCAGAUAAAUAGAAUGUCAAUAGUCAUGGUCAAAAUGAGGGUCAAAAAUAAAAUUAAGUAAAAUGAAACUAAGCAACCAGAAUCAAAUGGCCGAGAUAAAAGUUAAACUCAUAAACAAAAGAGUUUAAAAUCAGAAAUUUAAAACCUCCUCCCUAUGUGGAGUUUGCAUGUUCUCCCCAUGUCUGCGUGGGUUUCCUCUGGGUACUCUG